UAUAGACUAUCCAACUCUAUUCAGCUCUCCUCAUUUCUGUUAUAGUGAAUGAACUUGUAAUGAGUUCGCGACUCCUGAGUGCAGUGGACAUGUUUCACAGCGUCUGUGUCGGGUAUAAUUUCCGGUGUCCUGUUGGACAGGUACUGAGAUCCAUGGCUUUUCGGAACACAGCACAGGAAAGGAAAUUCGCAACCUGCACAUUGCGGUGGUUAAACCAAAGCGCGCUGCCGCGGCCUUCACAUCCUCGGUGUGUCCUGGCGGCGCUUCCCACACAAGGCGCCUCUUACUCGGGCAGAAAAGCAAAGUGGUGCCGCUGGAUGAGCUCAAGUCAUUCUGGCUUCAUUUCAAAGGUCCCACAGUUUCCCACAUGGGAGCCAGUAGCCGAGGACCAACUUCCACCUCUUACUGAAGUCUCUCUGGACCUUGUGGAUAAGUUGGAGAGACUCGCUCUUGUAGACUUCGGCAGCCAGGAAGGUGUGGAGUGUCUGGAGAAAGCGAUUCGGUUCGCUGAUCAGCUUCAUGUUGUCGACACGGAAGGUGUGGAACCAAUGGAUUCUGUCCUGGAGGACAGAGCUCUGUAUCUGAGAGAGGACACUGUGACGGAGGGAAACUGCGCAGAGGAACUUCUUCAGCUCUCCAGAAGCACAGAGGAGGAGUAUUUUGUAGCACCUCCAGGAAACAUCCCUCUUCCGAAGAGAGAGGAGCGAACCGCCAUGCUGAAGCACUCCGAGCUCUGAGAGCACAAAUAUCCAGAGACAGUAUUUACUGCCAAUAAACACAAAUUCCUGCUUAAA